AUGCCAAGACCACCCGGCCGAUCGGAGGAGGUAGGUUCUGCGCCGGCUAUGUGCUCCUCUGUCGAUGGUGGUGAUUCUGCCUCCAGAGGACCAAGUCCGCCUGUGCGCCCCCCACCAGUGGCAGUCUAUGACUGCCACUUCCACCUGGAUGCUCUGUUAGCGAAAGGCAGGGCAACCUCCUUCGCUGACUUAGCAGCUCAGGAGGAAGGUGGGGACGUAGUCCUUCUGGGCGGGGUGGCCAAUUAUGCCUAUCCCGACAGCUGGUCUAGGCGCCAGGGCCAGAUGGCUGGUGACCCAAGCGUCAAGGUGGCCAUUGGCCUGCACCCUCAUAAAGUGGGGAGGGGACGCCCCCUGAUGGCUUUCCUGCAGCAGCUGCGGGACCCGGCCUGUACAGCUUUAGGGGAGGUAGGCAUCGAACUGACCUCCAAUUGUAGCUGUGCGGGCCGGUGUCCCAAACCUGCAGAAUGCUGGCAGCAGGUCACCAGGGAUCAGGUCACCACCUUGACCCCUGUCCUGCAAGGGGCUGUGGUUGAGGGUGGUGGCCGACCGGUGAUUAUUCACUGCAAAGAUGGGGGCAGUGGCCGGGCAGCGCAGAAGGCCCUCGGAUGUUUCCGAAGGGUGCCAGGGGCCUCCACGCUGGCGGUGCAUUGGCACUGUUUCACUGGGUCUGUGGAGGAUAUUGAGGCUUGGCGGCAGCUGCUUCCGAACCUCCAUAUCGGGGUGACGGUUCUAUCCCUAAGAGCCCCCUCCACGCGACUGGCCCUGGGAGGCAUUGACCCUAGCAGAUUACUGCUGAGUCGGAUGCCCCCUACUUGGUGCCUACGGGAGCCGGGGUUGGAAUCAACAGCCCCUGGCUCCUAA